AUGUCCUCUGCUCAUGAUGCCACCACCAAGAUCUCCAUUGACAAGUUCGACGGCGACAACUACGCGACGUGGAGCCGCUACAUGCGUGGCGUGUUCCUGACCAAGUCGGCGUGGCACGUGGUGAACCGGGAGACCACCCCCACCUUCGCCGAUCCUCGCGCCAGUGACGACUACGUCAAGACGAACAACAUUGCAAGGCUGGAGCAUCUACCUGAAGCGUCAGCUCUUCCGUAUGGAGAUGGCAAAAGGCGGCAAUGUGAUACAUCAUUGCAACGAAGUCCUCAACAUCAGCGCGAAGCUCAGCAGCAUCGGCGCCAAGUGGAGGACGAGGACGUUGCGAUCUGCUUACUGCGCAGUCUGCCCAAGAGUUUCGAGAACGUGAUUCUCAAGUUGAAGAUGAACAGCGCAGAGCUUCGAUCGCGGGACGUCGUGAAAGUGCUCACGAAUGAGCACAUCAAGAGACAAGGGAAAAAGACGACAUCGGUGAAAACUGAAGAAGCGACCAAGGCCUUCAGUACCGAGCGUGAGGUUCGUCAGUGUACAUACUGCGGAAAAUUGAGGCACACGGUGGAAAAGUGCUGGAUCAAGCAGAAGGAAGACAAUCGGGGAGCUCGACGCGGCGGCAAUGGACGUGGACGCGGAGCGAAUCAAGUUCAGUGGCAAGGCUACAACGGCAACAGCAACUGUGACUAUGAUCGAGUGGCGUUUGCUGUUUCGCUGGAAUGCGGACUUUCAACGACCAAGAGCAUGUCUGGAAUGUGGGCGAUUGACAGCGGUGCAACACAUCACAUCUGCUAUGACAAGUCCAAGUUCGAAUUUCUGAACGAGCGCAAUGAAGGCGAAGUGUUGGUUGCAGAUGGGAACAAGGCUGCGAUCAAUGGUAUCGGGACAAUCAUCGAAAAAGUGAUCAUGUCCAAUGGUGAAGAGCGCGAAGUCGAGAUCAAGAACGCGCUUUGCGUCCCAAGCAUGAACAAAAACUUGCUUUCGAUACCACAAAUCAACAAAAGCGGCAAGUUUCAAGUGGUGUGUGAUGGUGGCGAGAUGAAGAUUUCGCACAAAGGCUCCAAGCAAGUAAUAGCGAUGGCCGAUCUUGUUGAUGGCCUCUACUGGCUUCGUACAUCCCAACGAUCGGUGAAUGCGGCUUCAGGACCAAGAGUCAAAAACCUUUAUGCGCGUAUGGGCCACGCACCGAUUGAUGUCUUGUGCAGAAUGGUCUCCAAGGGCAUGAUCAAGGAUGCCAAGAAGCCAGCAAAAUUGAGCGGAUCAAGCGUGUGUCAGGGUUGUCUAGAAGGAAAAAUGGUUCAACGACCGUUCCCGAGCAAUCCAAACAAGCGCCACUACGAUCCGUUUGAGCUUCUACACAUCGACACUUGUGGUCCAAUGGAAGUCGACUCGCUAGGUGGAAGCAAGUACUUGCUACUGAUCGUCGAUGAAGGCAGCGGAUGUAUGAAGGGUUUCCGUCUGCGCGCCAAGUCCGACAGCGAAGAGUGCAUCAAGAAGUACAUCAUGGCAGUACAGACGCAGUUUGACUACAAGGUCAAGUUCGUUCGACACGAUGGUGCACGAGAAUUUGCGGCAAAUUCGCUCAAGGCAUUUUACGAUGAUCAAGGAAUCGAGCAGCAAGUUACCGUUCCGUAUGCGCAUCAGACCAACGGCACGGCGGAACGGGCAAUUCGGACCAUUGUGACGAUCAGGCGCAGCAUGCUUCACUACGCCAAGCUGGACAAGUGUUUUUGGGCUGAAGCAGCAAUGACGGCGAUCUACAUCAAGAAUCGCCUACCAUCGCCCAAGUGCCAAGAUCGAACCCCAUUCGAGAUCGUCAACGGAUUCCGACCAAGUGUGAAGCACAUGCGGGUUUUCGGCUGCCGAACGUUUGUGCUGACCCCUAAGGAAAAGAGAUCGAAAUGGGAUCCGAAGGCUCGUGAAGGACUAUUCAUGGGGUACGAAGAAGUGUCAAAGGCAUAUCGAGUUUACGACAUUGAAGCGGACCAAGUGGUGACAUCUCGCGAUGUCACAUUCGACGAAUCAACGCUUGGUCUCUCGCCGAUGCUACCACAAGAAAUUGUUGAUGACACUGCGCUGGAUAUCGAAUCGAUGAACAUCAGCGAUCAGCCUCACCCCAUGCAGUUCAAGCAAACUGGAAAACGCAAAAGCCGUUCAAACAGUCAAGAACAAGUUCUACAACAGACACUUCUUGAGCGUCGUGGAACCGGGUUAGAAGAAGCAAGUGCCCUGGAUGACUUUGAAUCGCACCAAGCGAAGCGACGAUCAAGCGCUCGAGACAAUCUGGACGAAGAGCAAAAGGGCAGUGACGAAGAUAACGAGGAUGCUACACCUCAAGUCUUUUGGCGAGCGAGUGCCAAUGCAGUCGAAGGUACUGACUUGUCUGAGCCGACAACGUUUGAAGAUGCUGUUGGUGGACCAGACCAAGUGCUUUGGCCAUACCAUUGGCACCAAGUGGGUAUUCAAGAUCAACGGAAAGCUGAUGGAGCCAUCGAGAAAUACAAGGCGCGUCUCGUGGCAAAAGGGUUCGAGCAGAAAUAUGGCAUCAACUACACGGAAACGUUUUCGCCGGUAGUCAAGUACGUGACGCUGCGCAUGGUGGUUGCAAUCACGAAGUACUUUGACUGGACACUGGACCAACUAGACGUGGUGACAGCUUUCCUUUACGGAGAAAUGAAGGAAAAGGCAUUCUGCGCGAUCCCAGAAGGAGUCGAAGUUGCUGAAGACUUUGACUGCUUUGAACUGGUGAAGGCGAUCUACGGACUAAAACAAGCAUCGCGCGUAUGGAACGAGACUUUCAAUGAGUUCGUCUGCUCCAUUGGAUUUCAAGUCUCCGACUUUGACCCGUGUCUUUAUCUAAAGAUUACAAGUGGCGAGUGCGUGCUUUUGCUGGUAUACGUCGAUGAUGUGUUGGUGACUGGCAGCUCAGCCGAACUGAUUAUGCGCAUUAAGAGUGACUUGAAGGCGCGUUUCGAAAUGACCGACAGUGGGAAGUGCGCAUUCGUGUUGGGCAUCGAGCUGGUGGACAACGACAACGGUAGCGUGACGAUGUGCCAGCGACGCUACGUGGAAGAUGUUCUCAAGCGUUUUGGCAUGAGCGACUGCAAAGCCGUCACCAGCCCAACAGACAUCAGUUCUCGACUCAUACCAAGUACCGCAGCAACUAAAAUCGACGCCCCGUUUCGUGAAGCAGUAGGCGCUUUGAUGCACUUGAUGACCGCGACACGACCGGACAUUGCCUUUGCUGUGAGUUACGUUUCGCGCUUCAUGGAGAACCCCCAAGUCGAGCAUUGGAUGGCGGUCAAGCGCAUUUUGCGAUACUUACAAGGGACUAAGUCGCACGGUAUCUGUUUCAAGCCUGAUGACAAGAUAAACUUCUGUGGCUACUCGGAUGCAGACUGGGCCGGCGACCAUGCAGACCGCAAGUCGACUUCAGGAUAUGCGUUUACCCUGAUGGGUGCUCCGGUGAGCUGGGGAAGCAAAAAGCAGUCAAGUGUGUCGCUGUCAACAAGUGAAGCUGAGUACAUUGCACUAAGUCUGGCGAUUCAAGAAGGCAAGUGGGUGCAUCGAUUGCUGUGCGAGAUUCUGGAUGCCGCAGAGGACAAGUCUGGACCCGAGCUCAAGAUCAUGGAAGACAACCAAACGUGCAUCAAGAUGACGAACAAUCCUGUGAACCAUGGUCGGGCCAAGCACAUCGACAUCAAGUACCAUCACAUUCGUGAUGAAGUCAAGCGUGGUGAUGUCAAUUUGGAGUACUGUGAGACUACAACUAUGUUGGCGGACAUCAUGACGAAGGGACUGCCAGGACCGCGUCACAAGGACUUGACGGCAGCGCUCGGCAUACACGCGUGUUCGCAUUGA